GAGAUGUCUGCGAGGGGAGUAAACACGGACCUGUUGGAGAAAUGAGACCCGCUGUUUACGUGCUGCACACCUGCGCACUCGCGCUCCUCCUCACCGGGCUGCGCGAGCUGCUCUUCGGCUUCGAGGAGAACCGGUGCAGCAUGACCUACAUGUUCGAACAACCUGAGUACCGGCGUAUCCAGCUUCCGCGGCGCGUGGCACGUCAGUACCCAGCUUACGGAUUGUACCUGUACGGCGAAGGCUUGUAUGCUCAGGAGACACGGGGGCUGAAGCUUACCGGAGCACCUGUGCUCUUCUUACCUGGGAACGCAGGCAGCUAUAAGCAAGCUCGAUCUUUGGGUUCUGUGGCAUUGCGGAAGGCUGAGAAUUUGGAUGGUGGGGUCCAUAUGAACGUCUUCACCAUUGACUUCAACGAGGAGCUGGUGGCGCUGUAUGGUGGAAGCCUGCUCAAGCAAACUCACUUUCUUCACGAGAGCAUCAGGGUCAUCCUGCGUCUUUACAAGAACUGUCCGGACCCUCCCAGUAGUGUGGUGCUGGUAGGCCACUCUAUGGGUGGCGUAGUGGCUCGAGCACUGUUUACACUGCCCCGUUUCAACCCUCGAUUGGUCAGCCUUAUCCUCACCCAGGCCUCUCCUCACCAUGCCCCCGUGAUCUCUCUGGAUCCAUAUAUUCUGGAAUUUUACUCCUCCGUGAGGCAGCGCUGGGCAGCAGGAGCGGAAGACCUGCGAAACGUGACUGUCUUGUCUGUGGGGGGUGGUUACCGUGACUACCAGGUGCGGUCGGGUCUCACUGCCUUGUCCUGCCCUUCGGACGACCAUAACAAGCUUUCUGUUGUGGUCACGGCAGUUCCCAGGACAUGGGUGUCUACGGAUCAUUUGUCCAUUGUGUGGUGUAAGGAGUUAGUGCUGGCCACAGUCCGGGCUUUUUUUGACCUCAUUGAACCUGAAACUCAGCAGUUUACAGAGGAUGUUGAGAAGAGAAUAUCUGUGUUGAACUAUCAUUUCAUCCAUCACCCGGUGCAGCUUCCUGGCGACCAACGCAACACUCUGGUCAGCUUCACAGGUACUGCUGAGGCGUGGAGUGAGGUGAACACUCUCCGUGUGUUCUACAGUGCCCCCAAGGAAGCCACAGUUAAAUACUUUCUGUUUGCGCUGUCCAGUCGGAGAAAGGCCUAUACGCACUUCUACUGCCGCAGCAGCAACAUGGAAAUGUCCAGCUGGCUCUUUGGUUGCACCCAGAUGAAUGGGCUCUUAUGUGUGCAAGCAGCAGAUUUGUCAGCGAGAACAGAACUUCUUCCAGCGUACAAGGUUCUGACAGUGAAAUUAGAUGAGCUGUCCACUAUUUCUCAUCUGAUCAUUGAUGCUUCAAACCCGAGUGCAAGACAGUUUAUAGUGGAAUGUGAGUGGCAGAGAGAAAAAAGCCUGACCGUGCCAGUGCCUGUACCCCAUGUUCUCUCUUUUGCUUGGGCAUCAAGUGAUGUCACGAUCAACUCAUCUGGGCUUCUCCAUACAUUACAGCUACAACAUUUUCACCAGGCUUAUCAAGCUUUUAGAAUCACAGUGAUGAGCCACUGCAAGGCCACCAAAGACAGAUUGCCCAACAUCUACAGAAUGAAGGUGCCAUGGUUUCGGGAAGACUCCUUUGUCACUGCAGGCAUUCCCUCAGUAACUGAGAUGUCUGGCAUGCUUCAUAUGCCUCACCAUGAUAACACCUCAAGUGCCCUCUUACAGCUCCACACUGCCCCCAACUGCCAAUACAAGGUAUCUGUGCGAACCUCCUUUCCCAAAGUGCUUGGACAGAUCCUACGUUUCUGUGGACCAGUGCUACCUGUUUACGUGGCUGUGGCGCUGCUUCUAGCCUUAAGGAGGCAGCUGUGUUCUGUUCUCCUAACGGGACGUACUGUGGGUAUGAGAGAGGCUGUAGCUAAAGCUCUGCAGCCCCAUAAAUUGGAGCUGCCUGUUCUGCUGCUACACCUGUUACUCAGGCAGAGCUGGUUUCAGGAAAGCUGGUCCACUUUGGGUCUUCCUGCAGUAGACAUUCUGCCUCUAACCCCCAUAGAGGACUUGUCCCAGCAUGCAGCAGUGCCAGACCAGGACUGGCCGCGGCUAGUUUCUCUGCUACUGUGCAUACUGGGGGCAGCAGUUGCAUUCUGGGGUACCACAGUCCUCACCUUGUUUCUACGCAUGAUGUCCUUCAUCCUGGCUCCACUGCACAGGCCUUCAAUCUCGCGACAUUGCGGUACUGUCCAGCUCUCCCUUCAGGUACUACUCAUCCUUAGCCUGAUUUUGCUGGGAGGAGUCACCUGUGGAGCCCUGUCCAUAACAGCCAGCUUUCUGCUCCACCUUUAUAGGGUGCUGAGAUUACAAAUGACUGAAAGGACUCUUAGUCACAUGCUGAACCUGGCACCACAGAAAACAUCUGAGAAUGGCUUCAGCAGCAGUGAUGGCCGGAGCAAGCUCAAAGAACGCAUUGGCUCCUCCCUCCUGUCAGAGUCGGUACUGCAAGAUGUCAGAGAUGACCUGCAGCUGCACCUGAGUCUAUCCACGCUUCUCACACUACCCGUGAUGCUCAGCGCACCAUCCCUCUUUUAUUGGAGCCGAAAUCUUAGAUAUUCAGUUCAUUUGGAUCCUGACCCCUGGUGGCCACACAUGGUGCCUCUGCUUAUUGCCUCUGUGCUUCUCAUCAACUGCAACACCCUCAUGCUGAGCCUCAGUAAACUGAUGCUGGCUCUGACCUCCCGCCUGCUGCUCCCUCUGUGUGUCGCAAUGGUGACCUUUUCUCCUCUCCACCUGUACCGGGUCGUUCACUUCCUUUCUGCUGCUUUGACCCUGCUGGCCACCUCUUGUUUCCUUUGACCCUCUCACCAAAACUACGGAUCCAGUGCCUUUCUUCCUGCCCUGUUCACCAGUAAAGACAGACUCCAGUUGGGGUUUCUGAUUGUCUGUCAGACCAGCACUCAUGGAUGUCCCUUUUGCCUCAGUGUUCUAAAUGCCUCUUCCUUUCUUUCUGAAAGACAAAUUUAAAGGUGAAUUCCAAUGUUUUUUCACCAUUUCUGCAUCGUUCAGAAUUUGAGAAGUAAACUGUCAUUCAGAGAGUUUUCGUGUGAAAUGGUUCAUUGUACAAACUCAGAUGUCAGUGGUGGUGAUAGAAACCAGGGAUCACCAUGUCUACAAUGCAAAUAUUUGCAUUUUAUUUACUGUUCAAAACUACCAGUGGUUUAAAAAUCUCAAACUUAAUCUUUUAGAGAGCUUUCAGGAGUGGACAAUUGUUUCCUAUCACCACCACUGUGAACAGUUCUGCCUCUACAGUGCACCAUUUCACAUAAAACCAUUCUGAACAAAUUUAUCUUGAUCAUCAUAUGAAGCUCCCUAAAACACUCUUUUAUGAUGAAAUGACACACUGUUGUGUCACUUGCACUGUGAAUGUACCUACUGCACGUUUGUGUGUGUAGCUUCUACGACUGUUUGCCUAUGAAUGUUGGUGUAUGCUCUCAUUUUUGUGCUGUACAGUCUUGCUCUGUCUCAUUUGGAGCUCCAAGCUGAUCUUUUUUCCUUCCUUUGGUGAAAUUUGUAAUUCUCUAAGGUUAUUUUAUGGAUCCAUUUGAUUUUUAUUGGUGUAAACUGUGAUGUGCUGUAAUUAUUUUUAGGCCAGACACUGUAUUUACAAAGUGUCUCAAAGCCGAUCUUGGGUCAAGCUUGAUUGAGGUCCUGUCCACAUAUAUGCAGAUAUUUUUGAAAAGACUUUUUCUCUCUCAUUCAUUCACAGAAAACAGAGAUUUGUGUUUUGUAAUACAGCCAUCUCUGCUUUACCUUCAUGACACUGUUUUGCGCAGGGUGCUCACACUGUUCUUCUUGAGGUGCAAGACAUCAAAUUGCAUAAGGUGUUGUCACUGUCUACUGGGCUGGCAUGGUUAAGCAGUUUCAAGGUUUGCAUUCUCAUGUGGAUGUAAAAGAUUUUUGAAAACACUGCUGGUAUGGACAAAAAUGGACAUAAACCUACAUUAAAAAAAAAUGUGAUCAUGUGAGGACGGACCCGGACCCUUACCCACCGCUAGUGUUAGCUGCUGUACACUAACUGGCAGAAUGAAAGCAAGAGUAGUUUGACCUCUCCAAGCUGCAGUGUGGAAAUGGAUACUGAUUCACAGCAACAAUGUUUGAAUAAGAAGUUGCAUUUUAAAAGCAGGGCUGACUGAUGCGAAACAUUUGUCACAAUACUGAUUUUUAGAGGCGAAAUAUUCAGAUAAUCAUAUUGUAUGAAACACUGUAUGGCGUAAACGUUGGGCAUCUGAGAAAACGAGAUGUAAACGCUGUUUAUCUGGUCAGUAAGCAUUUAUUUGUUAACCAUUUCCAAAGUUGCCCUCAAGGCAGUCCAAUAUUUACAGUUCAUCCAUUAUCUGCUUUAUGUUACCAGUACCUCAUUAAAUUAAAUCAGGGCUGCUGACAUUGUCAAUUAAUUUCAUUAAUUGAAAAAAAAAAAAUCCACGCGAUGGCCGGAGUUCACCAGGAGCAAUUGAACAUGUUUUUAUUUUUUUUUAUAAGACAUCGAGUAUGUUUUAUUUCAAUUUUCUCUUUUUUUACACAAUGCCAAGAUAAAUAGUUUUAAACUAUUUAUUGCCUGGACAAUUAAUAAAUGAAAGGUGGUCUCUGACUUUUGCACUGUACAUUAAAAAAAAGCUACUUCAAAACAGUCUUGACAUUAUUUUCAUCAAUACUGAUAAAUGUGUUGAACCAAACUGGAUAUAUCGAUCAGCCCCUACUUAAAACAAGUUACGGAUAUAGAAAGGAAUGUGGGUACAUCUCAAAAGUUGUGCUACCACAGUUUAACUUGGCCUUUACCAUGCAAUGGAAAGGUGCAGUUUUUUUUUCUUUUCAAUUUCACAGAAUGUGGAACCAUUUGGUUUUGUUUAUUUGUUGACCUUGUAGAUUCAGGCUGGCCCAAUACUGUUUUGUUUAUAGUCCCAAAGAGAAAAUUGGUGAGCCUGACCUACUCCACAUCAGUGUAGCUUUUACUCCUCACAGUACUGACAAGUAAUGCGAUAUGUCAAGUGUAAAGAUUUGGCGUAAUAUUAUAUAUUGUGCACUUGAAACUAUAAGGUGUAUCAACAAGUCCGUUCUGCCUUUUUUCUUUGGACCACAAUGUAAACAAAAAAGAUGAAACCUACAGCAUAAUUUCAUAUCAGGUGAACUAAUCAUAGUCUGUAUAGAGGAAAAGUAGUCGAUUAUUAACUUUACUGUAUAAUGCAGCUCACUGCCUUGUAAGCCAAAAUGCUGUUGAUUGGUAAUACAGUAACUACAAUCAUAAGUAUAGUGGAUGAACUUGCCAUGUAGACAACUAUAACGAAUAUACAGUGUAACAUAUUGACUGUAUGUGGUGACUGUAUGUAUAUGUUUGUAUAUGGAAGAAAAUUAUUUUUAAUUUAGUAACCAUAAGUCUCUUUGUAAAUCUACAGUUGUUUUGAUCAUCUUAGUAAGGUUUGACAGAUGUACAUUAUAAAUGCAUAAGCUCUGCCCUUAACAGUAUAGUAAUAAUUAUUAGCUAAUAAUAAUGUUAUUCCAUCGAAAAAGCAAAUAACACAUGUUUGAAGCAGCCUAAGAUUCUGCUAGUAACUACACUAUAUAAACAGAUGUAUGUGGACACCUGACCAUCACACCCUUAAAGAGCUUCUUGGACAGCCCAUUCCAAAACUAUGGGCAUUAAUAUGCAGUUGCAUAGUUGUUAUGAAGCUCGCUUUGUGCAUAGGGACACAGUCAUGCCAUUGCCACAAAGUUGGAAGCAUAUAAUUGUCAAAAGUGUCUUAGCAUUAACGUGAUGCUGUAGCAUUAACAUGACCCAUUCUACUGCCAGUGUUUGUCUGUGGAGAUUACAAGACAGCUUGAUUUUAUACACCUGUUAGCAAUGAGUGUGGCUGAAACAACUGGACUCAAUAAUUAAAAGGGGUGCUCACAUACUUUUGGCCAUGUAGUGUAGCUAAGAAGCAGUAAAAUGCUUUACAUGUGAACAUCACCUUGUAUUGAAGGAGAAAUUUGAUUUAAGCACAUGCAUUUAACAUGACUAAAAGCUAACAAUCACGCUUCAAACACAACUUUUAAUUAAACAUUUGGAACAGAACAAUGGCUUGCAAAAGAUCAAUCAAGCUGUAGCACCUGUGGCUAUUGUCUAAAUACUGCUAGGCCUUUACUUAAUCCUGCUAGAACACUAAAUGAACAGUUGCUAGUUGGUUGACCUACAUGGUUUUGUAAACAUUGUCAUGAGACAAUUAUAUCAAAGGUUGCGUUUCUUCAAAAACUGUUGACAUGUGCGGUGUAAGGGAGCACUUAACGUUUUAGCAGGAUUUUACAGCGUGCUAAGGUUAAGGUAAACUUUUUAAAUAGUGACGGUCUAUAUCUGUGUGAAACGUUCCUUGUUUGGUCAGUGCAUAUGCCAUAAAUGUUCAGAGUAAUUUUACUUAUUUAUUUAUUUAUUUUUUAACCUAUGAAGACACUUGUACUUUGUAUAAUCAGCUAAUUUGAAUGCUAGGCUACUGCUGACAGUCACUGAGCUCAGCAGAUGGUCAGGUGACCAAGUGAACAUUUGUUAAUUCUCAGGUUUAAAAAGCAUUGUCUUGUGAUGUUGUGAGGUGGCCUUAGAUGUUUGUCUGUUUGUUUGUUUGUUUUUAAUAAACUUCACAUUUUAUUACAGUUAUUUUAAAAGACGUUUGUGCAAUUUGUGAGAGCCAUUGUACAAAUAAAAUGGUGAGCGAUUA